AUGGUAGUUUCUAAAUUCAAAUAUGAAAUUUUCUCUCUUCAAAGAAAUCUCAGUGAUAUUUACAGCACAACUCCACCAAAAGGAUCAAUUACAUCAGCUGUCAGUGGUAUGAAUGUAUUGAAGACGGAGGAUUUAGAGCAAGAUGGUUGGAGGAUGGUAUUUAGAGGGACAUCUGGCAAUGGCCAUAGUGUUUACCAUGCCUGGAUUGACGGAAAUAAUUCAAAUCCAGACAAACCAGUUUCUAUGAAACGUUCUCAUGGUUUACACUAUCGGGAUAACGUCUUAGACAACUGGUCAAAACUUGAUAUCAAGCUGGUUAAAUUUGCAUUCUAUGAUACUGACAAAGAAGUGUCAUACGUGAUCUUCAACGGGAAAGAUAGCGACAUGAACAACUGGUUUGAUAAGAGCCGUGUCAUUGACUCCAGUUGGCCAGACCUGACUUCCAAAAGUACAUUUAACAAAUUCUCCAUUGAAGGAGAUACCAUAAAUAAUCUACAUGAUCGUCGUUUCUACAUUAACAGAAAUUAUGGUGGAUGUGCAAAUGACCGUGAUCACCUUGUAGUUAUAAAUUCAGCUGUAUCUAAGCCCGGAUGUUUGUUUGACAGCCAGCCAUCCUAUCCAGCGUUCAUAUAUUCAAAAUAUAAUUCGGUCGUCUUCUUCCAGAGGAGAAUGUUUGGUACUGCAGAUUUCAUGGUGGUUUCUAUAAAGACAAGCGUUGGCUAACUGUAAACACCACAGUGUCAAAAUACCGUAAUUUGUUCAAGACUUAUAAGAACACAAACCAUUUGCAAUUGUUAUUUUAAGGACAUUUUUUUUCUGUACUUUAAACUGUUAAACUUAUUUCUAUGUUACCUUUAUACAAAUUGAAUGUUUAUUUUUCUGAUGAUAUUUAAUUGCGUACAAACGUUUGAAUUUUAGGACAGUUAUGUUACACCAAUUGCUCACAAUGUCUUCUUGUAAUGAUCAUCAAUAAAUCUUUAGCAACAUCUUUAAAUACAUUGUAAAUAACAUUUCCUUAUGCAGCAAAAUAGUGACCCAUUGAAACUUGUUAAGCUAUGUUUGUGAACAAAAUACACUACAGUAACAAAUAAAAACAUAUGAAACUAAAAUUA